CAGACUUUCCUGCUCAGGCUAGCUUCUAGCUUCUAUUCUCAGAUCUCAGCCUCCUGAGCAGCUAGGAUUACAGGCAUGAGCCCCUAGUGUUCAACUUCAGUAUCGUUUUUGUUGCUAUUGUAUUGUGUUUACAUAGUAUGAACCUACUAAUAGUUUCCUUGAUAAUGUCUUCAUUUUUGUGGGGAGAAAGCUCCUCCUGAACAAAAAAGCAAAAUUAGGAAACGAUAACUUGCUCUUGUUGGCAAGUCCACCCAGCUCUCUGGCCAGGACCCCAUACUCUGCACUGAAGAAGAGGGUGGACCCCCCAGACACUGCACUGACCUACCUCUGCAGGGGGGAAGGUGGGACGGAGUCUCACCCUGGGAUGUGGGCAGAUUCUCGGUUGGGUCCUGACCUCCAGGGAUAGUGACACUGCCCGUCUGUGUUUUUGGAGCUCUGGAGUCGAGGCUUCCUUUCAGGCCCACCUACAGUGCCAGGACGCCUUCCUAGCCUCGCCCGUCUGGUCGUGGGCCACCUGCCUGUGAGAUGGGAGCACUCACAGGAUGGGACCAGGGGCCGGCCCACAAUUCUGGCCCUUCACAAUGGUUUCCAGGCAACGGGACUCCUCCAGGCAGGCAGCAGACACAGAAGGGGCUGAGUCGGCUAGGCCAGAGUCUUGGCAGAUGACAGCUACUCAGAAGCAUAACCUCUUCACACCAGAACCUCACUAUAUCCCCGGCUAUGCCGGCUUCUACCCUCAACUGCGAUACCAGGUGGGGAAUACCUAUGGCCGUACCACAGCACAGCUGCUCACAGACCCCAGUGUGCACAAGAGCCCCUGCUCCGUACUGUCACCCAUGUCCAAGCCCAAGUUCAUUGAGGACUUCAGCAAGCCCAAGGCCCCCUGGAUCCCCUGUCGGGACCUGAAUGAGCCCUACAUCCCCCACCACUCUGGUCCGAAGCCCUACAGGAACCUGGAGGCCCUGGGCCAGCUCCCAGCCCAGAAGGCAGAAACCCUGGGACAACCAGGGCUAGAGGACAUAACCAAACAGGCUCCAAUGCCUGCAGGCUCCAUGCCCUCUCCUCCCUACCCACCAUGCCCACCCGGCAGGAAAGGAGACUCCGGAGACCUAGGACACCCAGGCCUGAGGCUGGCAUACGGGGAAGAGGGCUGGAAGAGUCCCAUCCCUGUCCAUGAGAGCCCAGGGCGGUACCAGCUGUACCGCAGUGGGCGAGAAGAGUGUCCACCCUCACCCCCCCAGCAGGAGACACUAGAUGUGGGAAGGUUCCAGCGGUUACCCCAGCUGGACCACUCCAACCUCAUCCAGCGAAAGGCCAUCUCAGGCUAUGCUGGCUUCGUCCCCCGGUUUGCCUGGGUGAUGGGGACAAAUUAUCGCGAUGGAGUCACCCAGGCCAUGGACGAGUUUGAUAAGAAUCAGUUCCUCUUCAGAAAUCCAGUCUGCGCCCUGGGAGAGAGGCUACCCAGAAACCACUGGCCCAACACCACCGUCUACAGGAGCCAGGGCCUGAUUCCCUUCUACAUGGGCUUCAUUCCCUCCAUGCAGGAUAACUACGCACUGACAUUUGGCAACAGCACCCGGAAGGCCUAUCAGAAGGAACUGGAACGGCAAAGCCUCACCACACUAUGAAAAUGCUUUAAUGGUGUCUGUACAACACAUGAUGUCAAG